AUAGAUGUGAUUAGGCUAUAUGUGUUUGACGGCUGUUGGCAGCUCUUUUUGGUUAAGUACGUUAGCACCAUGGGUGUCUUGGUAAUAGCGUUGUUGUUUGGGAUUUUCAGAGUAUAUACUAUUUAAAGCUGGAAGUCUAGCUAACGUUAACAUUUGGCUACCAAUGGAUGUCAUUCAAGGGAUCAGAGUUCAGGUUCACACGGAGCAUCCAGGCUAUCACAGCUGGCAGAUCAGGUUCAACAUAGCCAUGUGAAGUGUGUCACAGCUAUCUCACUCUUGUUUUUCUACACAGAUGUGGUUGUUCAGGGCUGAUUUGUGAAAGUGGCAGGAGAGAGCGUGAUGGAAGACGCAGCCUGUCAGCUUGAGAGAGACCAUGUGCACAAUGUUUAUGAGAAGAUUGCACCUUACUUCAAUGACAGUCGUUACAAAGCCUGGCCUAGAGUGCGUCAGUUUCUUCUGGAACUGGAGCCAGGUAGUAUUGUGGCUGAUGUGGGCUGUGGUAAUGGCAAGUAUCUCCACAUUAAUGAAAAUGUCUUCAAGCUGGGGUGUGACGUAUGCCGCCCACUUGUGGAAUCUGCCUGGAACCAAGGAUAUGAGGUUCAGCUCUGCGAUAGCUUGCGCCUUCCCUACCGUGAUGGCUGUUUUGAUGCCAUUCUUUCCAUAGCAGUCAUUCAUCACUUUUCCACCAAAGAGAGGCGUAUUCGCGCAAUAAAGGAGAUGGCUCGUACACUACGGAUGGGAGGACGCAUGAUGAUCUACGUGUGGGCCAUGGAGCAGAAGAGACGGAAGUUUGAAAAGCAGGACAUCUUUGUACCCUGGAACCCCAACCUGCCAUCCUGUCCUAAUUGUGACCAAAUCAGUAGCAGAUGCAGAGCUCAGGGAGAGGGUUUGGAAUGUGGUAGCCAUAACAGUGAUUGGUGUGAAAAGCACAGGAAAGUGAAGAGCACAUCCUCCAUGUUGGAUGAAGAAGAGUCUCCCGUUUCCACCCAACCUCGAACACAGAGAUUAUGGUUUUUCUCCAGGUCUUUAGACUCAGUAUUGGACUUCAGAAGCCUCACUGUUUCUCAAUCCAAUUCACGAGAACUCAAUGCAGAAUGCCCCCCAAAUGAAGAGAGGGAUGGUGAUGGUGCCAGGUCUGUCUCUUGGAGCAGGGGAGGAAACUUCAUAAGGCAGGUUUCUAGUCUCUUCUCUUCAAGGAGCAGUCUAGAGGAAGACAUCUUUGGCUCUGUUACAGAUCUCUGUGCAGACCAAAGGUCAACAGAAAAGAAUAAUGAUGGUUCUGCUAUGACACAAUCUGUCUCCUUAGUCCAAGAGUGUUCAUCCAUGCCACUACCUGACCUAGUGUCUUACCAAAAAGAUAUGCAGUUUGAGGAAGGGGAGGGAAGUUGCCACAAGAGGCAAGAGAACAGAGAUCCCUUGCAGAAACUAGAAGACAGUACAAGGUGUGUGGAAACCUAUUGUAAGUCAGAGGGAGGAGAGAAGUUAAUGCGGUACUACCAUGUCUUCAGACAUGGGGAACUGACUGAGCUAAUUGAAAAUAAUGUUGAGGAGCUUCACAUUCUGCAGACCUUCUUAGAUCAUGCAAACUGGUGUGUGGUUGCAGAAAAGGUGAAAGCUUAAAAAAGAAAAAUUUUAAAAUGUUUUAGUGAUGACAAUUCCAGAUGUGGAUUUUUUAGUGUUUCAUUCUGGCUACUACUUGGAAGGAUGAAAAAUGAACUGUUUUAAGACUUAAAGGUGCCAUGUGUAAUGUCCGCCAAAAAAUCAAUUCAUACUCCACAUUCCAUAAAAAAUGGGGGCAGUAUACAUCCAGAAAGUAAGAUGGUCUACCCUAGAGUAACAACCGGGAAACG